UACGAAAUAGCAGAAUUACCCUUAACUUUUGACGUAUUUUCAACGCGAGCUUUUCUCUGCUACGCCCACUACCAUCCCAGGCAUGGUAGUCACUCUACAAUCUCCUCGCUCCGCUUGGCUCUUCUCCUUUUUCUUGUGGGCUUCUGCUGUAAUCCUCGCAUCAGGCCAUGAGCAUUCCUUAUUUUUUAGUCAAAACAAUACAUUGCAACUCUCUCGGGGCUUGCCUGUGGGGAACUCUCCUGGUUCUAAGCCCGGUGCUAAAGCUGUAUGUGAAAGAGUUUAUAUACAUGGACUAUCAAGGUUCCAGAACCUGGGGAAAUUUGCCCACUCCCUAAAGGUAAAAGUGCUGCCAAUAAAUUCAGAUGUUCACCACCCAAACAUAGAGAUAUGUUUUCACAGAAAUGUGUCUAUUAGUGUAGGGAUGUGUCCACAAGGCCAGUGGGAGAAAGUUAACAAGGGCUAUUGGGUUCGGUCAAUAUCUCCUUUUGACCACAAGAUCUUAGAUAUAAGGACUGGUGGUUCAACACUGGAAAACUUUGAGGUGACCAUUGAAGAAGAAUUCAAUCUGUUUCGUAUAGUUCUCUUAAUAAUUGGAAUUAUCUUGUUGAACCUGGCAUCAUUUCUGAGCAAAUCAUUAACAUUUUAUUAUAGUAGCGCGAUGGCAGUUGGGAUAAUUCUUGUGAUAUUGAUGAUCCUUUUUCAGGGGAUGAAAUUGCUCCCAACUGGUCGAAAGAAUUCUCUUGCUAUAUUUUUAUAUUCAUCUGCUGUUGGUUUUGGGACUUUUCUCCUUCGCUAUGUGCCUGGUCUGAUUCAUUCAGUACUUACAGAGUUAGGAAUUAAUGAAGACAUGUAUAGUCCUUUGGCAAUAUUUCUUCUGGCUUUUGUUGUGCUAGCUGGAGCCUGGUUGGGCUUCUGGGCUGUGCGCAAGCUUGUUCUGACAGAAGAUGGGUCAGUGGAUGUAAACACCUCUCACUUUGUUGCUUGGUCCAUCCGGAUAUUGGCUGCUGUUAUGAUCCUUCAGAGUUCCAUGGAUCCUAUAUUGGGAACGUUGGCAUUAUUAUCUGGGCUAGUCCUCCCUUUGUUGAAGAGAAUAAUUAGAUUGAAACCCCUCCGCCGCUUACGUAGGAGUUUGUUUAAAUCCCCCAAGAAAAACAGGAGAAGAUCUGAAGUUCUUGAUUCAUCACCAUAUGAUGAUUCACAUGAUGAAUACAUGUACAAGAUGCCAAGCAAAGAGGACUUCACAUUCUCACGGCUUCGACAGAAAAAUUUCCUCCUAUCUCGGUGCAAAUCUUCUAAACAAGGUUUCACUAGGACACCUCCUCCAAAGCUGUCAGACACAUACCCUUCUACCUUCCACACUACUCCUGAGGGUAGAAAAUUUUCAAAGGCUGAGUGGGAUGCUUUCACAAAAGAAUCCACUGAGAAAGCCUUGGAAGAACUCGUUACUUCCCCUGAUUUCAGUAGAUGGUUGGUCACCAAUGCAGACCGGAUAAGCGUAACACCCAACAUAAAAUCAGCUGCUAGGUCGCGUAGGUGGCUGUUUUGGUCUUGAGCCACCUCAGCAUUCUUUGCAAAAUCAGGACAACUCGAUAGGUUCUGAUUAGAUGACCAAGAGGUCUUGUACUUCACUCUUUCGGGGAUACAUUGAGACCCGACGUUGUAGAAUAGGGAAAAAUCAUCUGGUGUAAUAUUCUAGUGAUAGGUAUAAGUGUUUGACUGUUUUCAAAUAGGUAGAUGCUAGAUAUUCAUGCUUAGUAUUUUAUUAGUUCUUUUCUCCGGGGGGAAGAAUUGGUGGAAUUGGAGACCUAAUUUUCGUUUCCAUCCACGAUAUUAGGCCUUGGUUGUAUACUUGUAUCCAAUUCAUCUCACUGAGUUGUAGGUUGUGUGAUAUGAAAUGGAUGAAGUAAUGUAAUGAUGCAAUUUUCCGCCUGGAUCAUUUUUUCCCCUUUUCUUCCCUGCUUUUUGUAUUUCCCUUGUCACAAUAUAUCAAUGUCUACUAUUAUUAUUCUCAA